AUGAGACCAAUUUUACUGCAAGGACAUGAGCGGGCUCUGACCCAGAUCAGAUACAACAGAGAUGGCGAUCUCAUCUUCUCAACUGCCAAAGACCAGCACGUCUGCGCAUGGUACGCACACAAUGGAGAGCGCCUAGGAACAUAUCAUGGUCACCAGGGAGCCCUUUGGACUGUCGAUGUCGACCCCACAAGCACCAUCAUCGCCACGGGCGCUGCGGAUAAUACCGUCAAGUUAUGGGAUAUCAAAUCAGGAAAGUGUCUCAAGACAUGGGACUUUGACACCGCUGUUAAGAGGGUUGAAUUCGCUGAAGAUGGAUCACGGCUGUUGGCUGUCACGGAAAAGCGAAUGGGUUUCUUGGGCACGAUCGUUGUUCUGGAUAUCAACCUUGAUGUGAACGCCGAGCAGUCCAGUGAGAAGUCUCUGGUCAUUACGUGUGAGGAGAGUAAGGCCACCGUUGCCGGAUGGAGCUGCUUGAACAAAUACAUUAUCGCUGGACAUGAGGAUGGAAGUGUCUCGAAAUAUAAUGCCAAGACUGGAGAACAAAUCGACAACGUCCAAAUUCACGAGCUAGACCAACUGAUCACCGACAUCCAAUGGUCCCAAGAUCGUACCUAUUUCAUCACCGCUUCGAAAGACAAGUCAGCGAAGAUCGUCAAUGUACAGGACCUUGAGAUUAUGAAAACCUACACCACCGAUACACCCCUAAACAGCGCCUGCAUCACCCCCAAGAAAGACUUUGUCAUCCUAGGAGGAGGACAAGAUGCUAUGGGUGUCACGCAGACCAGCGCGCGUCAAGGAAAAUUCGAAGCCCGUUUCUACCACAAGAUCUUCGAAGAGGAGAUUGGCAGAGUCAGAGGUCACUUCGGCCCCCUGAACACAGUCGCCGUGGAUCCACAAGGCAGAGGGUAUGCUUCGGGAGGAGAGGAUGGAUAUGUCCGCGUGCACCAGUUCGACAAGGGUUACUUUGAUUUCACAUACGAGGUAGAGAGGCAAGCUAAGGCAGCGCAGCAACAGCACCUGUAA